GGUGUGCGUUCUGUGUAUACGUGUUACGUUACAGACGUCUUCUAAAUCGUGUAGAAUUUUCAUGAUUCUUAUCGAACAAAAUUCAUCUGACUUUAUACUUAUAUGAACCAUAUUGUUAAGUUAAGUUAAUUAGUAAAAAACAAUAGUUAAAGGUAGGUUAUAAUCAAGACGUACGAUAUUGACAGUGCUAAGAAUAUCAAGCAGUAGUAAGUUUUCGUUGGGUGUGUGAACCUUUGAAGUUAUCCAAACUGUCGAAUCGUGAACACCGAAGAUACAAAAGUUUGAAAAAAAGGGCACUCUAUCUCCGAAACCAUCGGGCGUUGUACUGCUCUAGGGGUAACACGGUGGGUGCAUAGCUGCGCGGUAUGAAAAAAUGAUGUGAUCGAUGGUCAUCAUGGCGGCACCCAUGCUAAAGUGGAAGCGGAUCACAAAUCCGUCCGGACCCCAGCCAAGACCCAGACAUGGACACAGGGCAGUUGCUCUUAAAGAUCUUAUGGUCGUUUUCGGCGGUGGAAAUGAGGGCAUUGUUGACGAGCUUCAUGUCUAUAAUACGACAACUAAUCAAUGGUUUGUACCAUCGACAAAAGGUGAUAUUCCACCUGGCUGUGCUGCAUAUGGAUUUGUUGUUGAUGGAAGUCGUAUUUUGGUCUUUGGUGGUAUGGUUGAAUAUGGGAAAUAUUCAGAUGAACUUUAUGAACUUCAAGCUGUUAGGUGGGAAUGGAAAAAAUUGAGACCCAGACCACCAGAAAAUGAUCCACCACCUUGUCCUAGAUUGGGACAUAGUUUCACCCUUAUUGGUAAUAGAGUCUUCCUUUUUGGAGGACUAGCUAAUGACAGCGAGGAUCAUAAAAAUAAUAUACCAAGAUAUUUAAAUGAUCUAUAUACCCUUGAACUACUUCCUAAUGGAGGAACAGUUUGGGAUGUACCACAAACACAUGGUCAUGCACCACCACCCAGAGAAUCUCAUACUGGGGUGUCUUAUACUGAUAGUAAAACAGGAAAAACCUGUUUAGUAAUUUAUGGUGGUAUGAGUGGUUGUCGUUUGGGUGAUUUAUGGUAUCUUGAUGUUGAUUCAAUGACUUGGCAUAAACCAGUGGUUCAUGGACCUAUUCCAUUACCGCGUUCUCUUCAUACUGCCACUUUAAUUGGUCAUCGAAUGUACGUUUUUGGAGGAUGGGUCCCACUUGUUGUAGAUGAUGUUAAAGUUGCAACACAUGAAAAAGAGUGGAAAUGCACAAACACAUUGGCUUGUUUAAAUAUAGAAACUUGGACAUGGGAACAGUUAACAGUUGAUACUCUGGAAGAAAAUGUUCCUCGUGCACGUGCUGGUCACUGCGCAAUUGGAAUGCAUAAUAAACUUUAUGUAUGGUCCGGUCGAGAUGGAUAUCGCAAAGCUUGGAACAAUCAGGUUUGUUGUAAAGAUUUAUGGUACCUUGAAGUUGGUAAACCGUCUGCCCCAUCUAAAUUGAACUUAGUUAGAGCUAGUUUACAAGCAUUGGAAAUUCAGUGGACACCAGUACCAUCUGCACAGUACUACAUACUACAAAUACAAAAAUGUAAACCUUCAGCUACAACUGGGACAUUUCCAGCAGUUAGCACUCCAACAAGUACUGCAACACCUACGACGACAUCAGCAAUGGUUACUCUUGCAACUGAUUCUGCUACAUCUUCGCCUGUUACUGCUGCUCCCGAGCUUCCACAAACUCCAACCUCUGUUAGACCGUCCAUACCUCCACAGACUCCUGUUCGAGUUCAAUCAACUGUACAAAGCCCAGUUCAGAAACCAGUACCAUCACAAAGCGUAACAAAACCAUCGAGUCCAAUGACACCAAGAGUAGCCGGAAAUCUUAUUAGAAUUCGUUCUCCUUUAGUUACAACAACACCAACAGCAACCACUGCUACUGAACAAGUUCCCACUUCUAAUACUACAGUGGCAGGCCAAACACCAGCUGCUAUGUCAGGAAUUGCUGCCUUAGCAGCAGCAGCAGCUGCUACUCCGAAAAUAAGUAUGAAUAAUGUACCAAUUCUUCCACAAACUACGGCUAAUACGAUUAGGAUGAAGAACGUUCAGCCCGGCCAACAAAUACGAUUUGCUGCACCUGGGGCAACAGUAUUAAGAACUGCUUCACCACAACAAAGUAAACAAAUUAUUUUACAAAAACCAGGUCAAAAUAUAUCUGGUCAACCCCAGAUUGUACAUCUUCUUAAAACAGCACAGGCAAUGGUAGCAACUGUGCCUAAAGUAAGCCUCAUCCCAGGGAAAACUGUCCAAGCGACAGGUGCAAAGCCACUUAAUCAGGGAGCGAAAAUACUGAGAUUAGUAAAUCCUAACACUGUACAGGGAUCUAAAAUUCUUACAACUAUGAAAACAUCCAAUAUCGUAGCAAUGAGCAAAGGGCAAAAUAUUAGCGGUAAACAAACAAUAAUGAUUACUAAACCCGGUGGUAAUGGUGGACUAGUUGGUCGUAAUCAAAUAAUAGUAGUUACAACGGGAUCUAAUUUAAGAACUAUACAAGCCGUUACUACUUCUCAAGCUGGUAGUGGACAAACGGGUAAUAUUACAACACCUGUAAAUGUUUUACCCUUAUCAGCUACUAACCAUGUAACAAAUCAACAAGGAGUAAAAAUGAUCGUUGUGUCAUCCGGAGCAAUGGGAGGUGGAACUACUGGAAAACCCAUCACUAUCACAGUUCCAGGCCAAGGAGGUGUUCCGAAAACAGUAACUAUUGCCACUAAGGGAAGUCCACAAGCUAUCUUUAAUCCUGGAAAGAGCCAGAUUGUUACUAUGCCACAAAUACAAAAAACGCCAGAGACUGUGACAGUAUCUGGUAAACCUGUGACAUUACAAAUGUCUGGUGGAAUAGGUGCAAAAACGGUUACUCUUAUGCCUACAAGUAGCACAAUUGUUACUACUUCAAGUGCAUCAGAGGGAAUAGAUACAAGUAAAAUGUUAUUUGUUCCGUCACAAAAGCAACCAUCAGCUUCAUUAGCAUCUACAUCAGAUGGUCCUGCUACCACCGAUGCAGCAUUGGCUGCAUUAGCUGCAGAAGCAGGUUUAAUAGAUCCAGUUCAAGAGCCUUCUGGCGAUUUGUCCUUCAUGGUAUCUGCAGAUGAUGGUGGAGCAGGAGAUGGUAAAAUGGAAGAUAAUUGUAAUGGUGAUGAGACCACUACAGCAGCUGCUUUGGUUUCUCAGAUGGGAGCUGGUGAAUCAAUGCAAAUUGAUAGAGAUGGUAACUUUUUAAUUCCUCAAGUUGAUGGUCCAGCAGAUCUCCUUCUCUCGGAUGAUGACGAAGAAAACGAUAAAAUUGAUUUAGCAGAAGAUCCGGCAUUAGAAAAUCAAGAAGAUUCGCAAGUUGCAGAUUCUGCAAGUAUGGAGCAAGAUACAGAUGCUGCACCAACAGAAGCUAUUCAUAUGGAAGAAUCUUCUAUAAAAGACCCAGAAACUUUGUCAGAAGGAGCAUCUGAACUUCCUGUUUCCACAAGUGUGUCAGAAGAUAUUCCAGUCGAUCCAGAACCUUCUGUCGAUACUCAACCAGACGAAAAUGAAAUACCUAUUGAAGUUGCUAAUGAAUCAGAAUCAGUAAAUGAAAGUGAGAUGCAAGACGUAAAUAAUGCAUCAGCUGAAGAAGCACAAAUAAAGGCUGAAAUUUCUAGUAUGCAGGAUCCAAUAGAAGCUUCAUCAGAAGAAGCAUCCAUGCCAGAUGCUAUGGAACUGCCAGAAAAUGAUGAAAAUGAACAAAUUGAAAAUAAUGAUAUAAAAUUAAUGGCAGUAGACACAUAUGUUUCUGAAUCUGAUAAACCAUCUGAACAUUUAUCACCCGAAGAUAGUUUAUCACAGCUUUCUCAAGAAGAUAAUCAGGUUGUAGAAAAAAUCAAGGAUGAGACUGAAGAACCACCAAUGGAUCUUCCUGAAGGAACUCCAAUGGAAACAUUAGAAGACAAUGAUGAACCAAUGGUUACAGAUUCUUGUUCAACUCCUACCAAUGUUAAUAUUCCAAUCACAACAUCUAUCAUGCAAAUAAAGUUAGAACAACCCGAUGAACCAAUGAAACAAGAUAAAAUACCAGAAAAACCAACAUCAUCUAUCAGUAAUGUAGCACUUCUCGAAAAAGAAAUGGAUAUUCAGAAACCAAUAGUUCCAGUAAAAAUGGAAAUAAAAGACGAGCCUAUUAAAAAAGAAAAUUUGAAACAAGAAAAAAUGAAUGGUACUAGGACGGAAUCAGAACAACCAAUGAAAAUAAAGGCUGAACAGACUGAAAAAGAAAAGAAGGAGGAGGAAUGGUAUGAUGUAGGAGUAACGCAGGAAUCAAGAUUUACUGUACAACAUUAUUACUUACCUGGUGAUGAACCAUUAGAUAUAACUCAACCAUUAACUAUGGAUGUUUUUGAAGGAAGAACUAAGGUUCCCUUAGAACAAGGAACUAUUUAUAAACUUAGAAUCGCUGCUGUGAACAGUUGUGGACAAAGUGAUUGGAGUGAGGUAUCAGCAUUCAGAACAUACGUUCCGGGAUUCCCCGGAGCACCUAGCGCUAUUAAAAUUAGUAAAACGGCAGAUGGUGCUCAUAUUUCAUGGGAACCACCACCUAACAGAAAUGAUGGACCCAUUUUGGAAUAUUCUGCCUAUAUAGCAAUGGCGAAUACUGCGUCAAAUAAUAACGGAGAACCAAAGACAACGUCGUCGAAUUCAAACUUAACAUUCACAAAAUUUUAUUGCGGUACAAAUAAUUCUUGUUCGGUAUCUAAUAGUUCUCUUAGUGCUGCAUAUGUUGAUACUACUCGAACACCGGCCAUAAUAUUUAGAAUAGCAGCACGAAAUGUUAAAGGAUACGGACCAGCGACGCAAGUUAGGUGGUUACAACAAGCAUCUGUAUCGUCAUCAGAUCCAACUAAUUUUAUGGAGAAUAACCCUCAAGUGAAGAGACGCGGUGUAAAUAUACGCUUACAAGCAAGCUCCCCACAGAAGAAGGUGAAACUAAAAAGACCAAGUAGCUAACUUGUCGUGAGCCUGUUUUUCCUUGACCUCUUACAGCCCAAAUAUUCAAACAGCGCUAUUCAUUAUUUAAUUUCCGCUGGUACACACGCCUAACAACGACGAUGAAACAGUAUAUUCUUCGAAUAAACGAUGUGACAUGCGAGUAAAUGAAAGAAAUGAAUGCACGGUAUAGAGCGAUGGAAGAGGUAUCCAUAGCUACAUUGAGGUAUAAACAUAAGGGUUAAAAAAAGUAUUUUAAGUGUUCUAUAUAUGAAUACAAGGUCUUUCUAUACUGCGUUUUCUGACUCACCGUUAUUCUCCUAUUCCUUCGCGAAUGCGCGACAUUUUUCUGUAAAGAUAACGCGAGUACUGUUAAUAAAUGGUAAGGUGGUUAUUUUGAAGUUAGUCAAAUUUUUCCACGUUUAUAAAUGCUUUCUACGAAUACCGUAACAUACCAAUGAUACUUGCAUCAACACUUGCAUUAUUUCACACGGUAUAUGUAAUUUUGUCUAAAUAUU